CGUUAAUCAUUGACUUUCCGAGUUCCGAAUCCGAGAGUUCGGUUGGUUCGAUUUGUGUUACGUUACGAUAAUCGGAAGAAUUGUGACAAGAAAUGUCCCGAAGAGCACUCACAGCGAUUAACUGGGCCGCUCUCGCCGAGCGAAUCCCAGAAACCGAGAAAGCUGCCUUGGCAGCUUUCAAAUCCAAGUCCGAUAAAUAUUUACAACGGAUGAACGCGAAUCCUGAAGCUAUGCCAAAAAUUGAUUGGGAAUAUUAUAGGAAAUCUGUUAUAACUCCCGGUUUAGUAGACAAAUUUCAAAAGGAAUUUGAAUCCCUGCAAAUACCAUAUCCAGCGGAUAAAUAUACAGCAGCAAUCGAUGCUGAGAAAAAUGACCUAGCCAAAAAGAUAGAAAGUUUCAAGCAAGAGUUGGAUGGUUCAACUGUAGAAAUACAGAAAAUUUUGGAUAGCAUAAAUGCUAUGAUACCAUACGCUGAAAUGACAAUGGAUGAUUAUUGCGAGGCAGUUCCAGAUGGGUUCAUGAGAACCGAUAUAGUUACAACUUGGCCUCACACAGAAGAGACUCAAGAAGAUUUGAAUGCACCAUUGACUCGAACUGAUGAUCAUUAAUCAAAGUUAACUUUAAAAUGUACUAUAGUCUUAUUGUAUAUUAAUUACAUCCUAUUACUGAAUUGCUAUUAUACUCGCAGUGUAUUUAGUUAAAAAAACCUUUAUAGUAAAACUAAGGUCAAUGUCAAAUACACAGCGUGAGCUGA